UGCCGGCGAUAAGCGCGCGGAUCCUCAGAGGUGUGGACCCAGUAGGGUGUCCAACCAAUGGGCUCCUGGCCGAGUGGGGGGAGCUUUCGGUGAACGACUCCUCCCUUUUAGGAUUAGCGUUAGGAAGGCCUGGACGAAAGAGAUUGGGCGGUCCUCCUUCCCCGCCUGAGGCGAGGCGGGACAGUUGUUGCAGAGGUGAGGUCUAGUAAAUGGUGAAGUACUUCCUGGCUUGGGAGCAUCUGGGGUCGUGGGAUUUGGUGGCGUGGAGUCGGCGAAGAGCCCGACCCGCGGGGAAACCCAGCCUCGCCAACGGAGCGGGCCCAGCGCAGCCUUCAGGUCUGGCGGGCGGAAUAAAGCAGUGGAGCCAGUGGAGCCGAGGCACGGCCUUGGGUGGCCCCCUGACAGCUCCUUUGGCCUGAGACCUGGGAACGCGGCGGAACCCUCGGCCGAGUGGACCCCAGCCCUUGCAACCUCCUUUUUUCUUUUACCCACCUGCAGUCCCAGGCUGUAGGAGGGACCGCGGGCAUUUUGAGUUCUCAACCCCCAUUUCAGUUUCUGUCUCCGAGUGCACACCUUAAUGUGAGGUGACUCCUAAGCAGCUGGGAACCAGAGGCUGUAAAAGGGACUGCAGAAAAAUGGACUGCAGUAUAAAAUCCAGAAGCAGAAUAUGAAGGUUUAACCACUGACCCAUUUCACAGGUACUAUAUAGCACAUUUUAUUUGCCAUUCUCUUUUUGAUGGACAUUGGUUGUUCCCAGUUUUUCACCUUAUAGACAAUGCUGCAGGGAAAUCCUGAAUGUUUCAUGCAUCCAUGGACCAAAAGAUGGAGUUGGUUUUUGUUUUUAAAAAAGAUAUUGUCAAUGAUCUGAUAUGACUAUAAAUACUUGCUUGAUGAAAUUGCAUGGACUUUUCAUCAGGUUGGACUAGCGGUCAUUUUUCAAAGUUUCUUCAACCACAGUUACAUUUGAAAAUUCAAGUAUCCAAGAACAUUGGGCUUAGAAUGCCAUAAUGAUGUGUUUUCUCUGAGAACUACAAAUUUCAUAGAUACCACAGUUGGAUUCCAGUUAUAUUCUCCUAUCAAAGUGAUUUCAGUCCAUUGAUAAAGUUAAUUUUGAAGACUUUUGUUUAUAAACAACACCAAAAGAUGGGAGAAAAAAAUGGUGAUGCAAAAACUUUCUGGAUGGAGCUGGAAGAUGAUGGAAAAGUGGACUCCAUCUUUGAACAAGUGCAAAAUGUGUUACAAUCACUGAAACAAAAGAUUAAAGAUGGGUCUGCCACAAAUAAAGAAUACAUCCAAGCAAUGAUUCUAGUGAAUGAAGCAACCAUAAGUAACAAUUCAACAUUGAUAAAGGAUCAUACAUCGGUGAUCCAGAAUGAACAGAAAAACAAAUCAGGUUCAUUGCCUUCUACAUCAUAUGAAGACUCCUUUCCAGAAGACUGUACAUUUCUAUCUACAAAAAAUAAGGAAAUUCCUCCUUUGGAAAAUAAAGCUGCAUACAUUACAGAAAAGAAAUCAUCUUUGAAUUUACGUUACCAAAGUCAUGACUGCUCUAGAACUUGUCUGAUGAAAAUGCCACUAACCUUCAAGGGAGAAAACCCUCUGCAGCUACCAAUCAAAUGCCACUUCCAAAGACGACACGCAAAGACAAACUCUCAUUCUUCAGCACUCCACGUGAGUUAUAGAACCCCUUGUGGAAGGAGUCUACGAAACGUGGAGGAAGUUUUUCGUUACCUGCUUGAGACAGAGUGUAACUUUUUAUUUACAGAUAACUUUUCUUUCAAUACCUAUGUUCAGUUGACUCGGAAUUACCCAAAACAAGAAGAAAUUGUUUCUGAUGUGGAUAUUAGCAAUGGAGUGGAAUCGGUACCCAUUUCUUUCUGUAAUGAAAUUGACAAUAGAAAGCUUCCACAGUUUAAGUACAGAAGGACUAUGUGGCCACGAGCAUAUUAUCUAAACAGCUUUUCCAACAUGUUUACUGAUUCAUGUGACUGUUCUGAGGGCUGCAUAGACAUAACAAAAUGUGCAUGUCUUCAGUUGACAGCAAGGAAUGCCAAGACUUGCCCCUUAUCAAGUAAUAAAAUAACCACUGGAUAUAAAUAUAAAAGACUACAGAGACAAAUACCUACUGGCAUUUAUGAAUGCAGCCUGUUGUGCAAGUGUAAUCGACAAAUGUGUCAAAACCGAGUUGUGCAGCAUGGACCUCAAGUGAGGCUACAGGUGUUCAAAACUGAAAAGAAGGGAUGGGGAGUACGCUGCCUAGAUGACAUUGACAGAGGGACAUUUGUUUGCAUUUAUUCAGGAAGAUUACUAAGCAGAUCUAACACUGGGAAACCUGAUCCUACUGAUGAAAAUGGAAAGGAAGAGAAUAUUAUGAAAAAUAUGUUUUCAAAAAAGAGGAAAAUAGAAGUUGCAGAUUGUGAGGUAGAAGUUAUCCCAUUAGACCUGGAAACACAUGGAAGUGCUGAGACUGAGGAGUGUCCACCUACAUUCCGUAAUAAUUUAAAAGAACCUGUUACAGAAAUGAAAUGUAACAAUAUUUCAAGAAUUCAGUAUCAUUCAGUCAUUAGAAGUCCUAAAGCCAAGACAGCCAUUAUUCAACACAAUGGGAAAAAGAUGGGAUUUACUUCCUCAGAGUCUGUCACCUCAGAAGAUAAUGAUGGAUUUAAACCGACCCAAGUACAUCUGAACUCCAAAGCCAAGGAGAUGAAAAGCCUAGAGUACUCCCUAAACACCCACUGUUACAGGUGUUUAGAAUAUAUGGAAACAGAGAUUCCAGAGUUGAAGAGAGAGGAUUCAAGCUCUUACCAAGUUAAAGACACUGAAAACAGUCUGCUGAUUGAAUCAGAUGUGAUAGAUAUAACCAAAUGUAGAGAAGAAAUACCAUCAGGGGGAAGAUGUAACCAAGCAACCCCACUGGAUAAUCAGAAUAUUAUAAAGGAAUUCAAGUCUCAAAUACAAAAGCCCCAAGGGGAAAGAUCUCCAGCAUUUCAAAACCAGCAGGUCUUUUGUGAUAAAGAGUUCCCAAGCGAAACCAAGAACACUUCACCUGAUUCUCUAAAGAAGUUCAAUAAAGGGAAUGUGUUUUUAUUGGAUGCCACAAAAGAAGGAAAUGUGGGCCGCUUCCUUAAUCAUAGUUGUUGCCCAAAUCUUUUGGUACAGAAUGUUUUUGUAGAAACACGUGACAGGAAUUUUCCAUUGGUGGCAUUCUUCACCAACAGGUAUGUGAAAGCAAGAACAGAACUAACAUGGGAUUAUGGGUAUGAAGCUGGGACUGUGCCUGAGAAAGAAAUCCUCUGCCAGUGUGGGGUUAAUAAAUGUAGAAAGAAAAUAUUAUAAAUUUGUAGCUAAUGCCUAUUGAAGAAAUUAGCAUAUCACGCUGCAAUUAGAGCCAUGCAAGAAACUUUCAGUCAUCAGUGGAAUUAACUUAGGUUGUGAUCCAUCAAGAGAAUUCCUCUCAGUUUACCCUUGUCAAGGAAUUCAUUUGUGUGGCUUAAAAUGCUAGAAACAAAAUAAGGACAUUUUCAUACACAUAGGCUAUCUCUUUAUUCUUUCUGCUGUUCAACUUUACAUGAGUGGGAUGGAAGUGUAUAUUUUAUAUGAAAUACCAUUAUACAGUUUGUAACUUAUUUGUAAAUUAUAUAUUAAGAGAAACAAAUGUCACAAUAGAAUUCAGUUGAUCGUAUUUACUUUUGUGAUUAUUGAGUUUAUGCCCCCAAAAGGCCAAAUUUCACAUUGUUACUUACAAAAUUUGUUUAAUUCUUGGCAAAUAAUUUAUCAUUAUAAGCCAUAAGGUGGGCAACAGAGCCUGAGGAAUAUGUAAGAACUAACUUAUACAUAUCACUUCCAAUAUUUUAACACUAGUUGGAGAAGCUCUGUCUGGCUCCUUGCAACUCUGCCCCGUCAAACCAUUUGAGUGCUAAGAUGGAGAAGGUUUUGGCAAACUUUGAGAGGAAACUUCUUUUCCAUAGGUUCUCUUUACUUCUCCAGUACAAACACAGACAAGAAACAAAGGGAAUAGAAACCUGGAGGAAUUGGAAUAUUUUUGUUCUAAGUAGAGGAGAGCCAUAAGAAAAACAAAACUUAGAAACUAGCAAAACUUAGAAAACUAGUGUCUUACUUAAGCCAGAAGGGAUUGUGCUGGGCAAGAAUUUCACUUUAAAAAAAACCAACAGCAACAACAAAACAAGGCAGUUCUACUCAAUUGUAAAGUCUGGAACAGCUGCUUGAAUUCUCCUGUGUAUGAUGUGCAAAUUGUUUUUGUUGAGAAAAAGGGAGUUACUCUGCUAUGGGUUACCCAGCCCUUAUCAUGGAGCAGAAAGAGGACUGGGAAUCUCCAAGAGUCAAAACUAAUUUUACCCAUAACAAAGAUGUACAUUUGACUGUCAGGAACUUCUCCCUUGGAACCAGAACAGGAAUACCAGCUCAAAAAGCAGUAAUUAAAAGUAGUUCUGGCUUUUGAGAGGUUUUAUGUCUUUUUUUUCUUUUCUUUUGUACUUGAUUCUGGGUUUAGUUUGGUUACUGUUCAAAUAAAAACCUAUUUGAAGUUUGGGGCACCUAGUGGAUCAGUCCAUUAAGCAUCUGACUUCAGCUCAGGUCAUGAUCUCAUGCUUAGUAAGUUUGCAUUGGACUCUGUGCUAUGAGCCUGUCUCUGUCUCUCUGCCCCUUCCCAGUUUGCAGUGCUCUCGUGCUCUCUCUCUCUCUCUCUCUCUCUCUCGCUCUCUCUCUCAAAAAUAUUUAAAAAAAAAAACAAAAAAAAACCUGUUCGGGGCACCUGGGUGGCUCAGUCAGUUGAGCGUACAACUUCAGCUCAGGUCAUGAUCUCACAGCUUGAGUUCGAGCCCCACGUAGGGCUCUGUGCUGACAACUCAGAGCCUGGAGCCUGCUUCGGAUUCUGUGUCUCCUUCUGUCUCUGCACCUCCCCCACUCGCUUGCUCUCUCUCUCUCUCUCUCAAAAGUAAAUAAACAUUAAAAAAAAUUUAAAAAAAAAAACCUGUUCAAAGUUUGGACCCAAUUUAAUUUCUUAAAAAUAUUAAACUAGAUGAAAAUUUAACUUGAAAUUGUUGUAUGGAGUGAGAAACCUAGGAACUAGGAAGAGGAGCAAAAGUUACAAGCCAACAAACAGCCUCCAGACAGAUGAGGAAAGUUAAGUCCAUUUAUUCACAGUAAAGAUGUUUUAGGUAGUACACUGAAAGUGAAGAUACUUAAUCAGUAUGGGAAAUACUUUUGUGCAGAAGUCCUAACAUCUUGAUCUGCUUCACAGCUCUCAUCUUCCAUCAGUGUCCUAGAGAUUCUCUUUGUCUAUGUCAGAUCUAUUUCCAGUUAAAUUCCAUUAUUUCCCUUUUCCUUGGUUUAUUCCCACAUAUCGGUGAAGGACAUAUUCUUCCUAGUUGCUUUUGAAAAGGAAAAUCGAGAGGUAAAUAUUUUGAGACUGUGCAUGUUUGAUUAUGUUAUUUUUACCUGUAUGCUUGAUUGCUAUUUUAUCAGGGUAUAGAAUUCUUGAGUAGCCUCCAUACACAAUAUUGAAGGCAUCUGCUAGCUUCCAGUGCUGCUGCUAUGAAGUCUUAAAAUGGUCUCCUUUCUGGCUUCCAGGAUGACUACUGAAGUCAGAUGUCAUUCUGUUCCUUAUUUUUUAUAUAUAUGACCAGUUUUAAUCUCUCUUGAAAUUGAUAGAAUUAUCUUUGUCUCAGUGUUCCUUUCUGGUGAAGUCCAUUUUCAUCUUUCAUCCUGGGUGCUUGGUGGGAUCUUUCAAUCUGAAAACUUUGUCCUUCAGUUCAGGGAAAUCAUCUUGAACCAUUUCUUUAAUGAUUCCUAAUCUGUUCUUUAUUUCUAGAAUUCUUGUUAUUCAGAUGUUAGACCUCCAGGAUUGACUCUCUUCUAAUUUUCUUUUCUCUCUCUUUUUAAGAGUUUCAUUUUUUUUUUAAAUUUAUUUAUUUAAGUAAUCUCUACCCCCAGUGUGUGACUCAAACUUGCGACCAAGAGUCACAUGCUCUUCCAACUGAGCCAGCCAGGCUCCCCAAAAUAUAUUUUCAGCUGUCUUCUUGCUGUAACUUUCUGAGAGAUUUCCUCAGUCUGAAUCUUCCAAUAUAGAUGUAUUGUGCUUUAUUUUUCUGGUCUCUUUUUUUUUUUUUUUUUUUUUUUAUGUUUCAUUUAUUUUUGAGACAGAGAGGAAGCACAUGAGUAGGGAGGGGUAGAGAGGGAGAGGGAGACAUAGAAUCUGAAACAGGCUGCAGGCUCCAAGCUUUUAGUACAGAGGCAGACACAGGGCUCGAACUCACAAACCGUGAGAUCAUGACCUGAGCCGAAGUCGGAUGCUUAACAGACUGAGCCACCCAGGCUCCCCUUCUGGUCUCAUAUUUUUAAUUUCUAGAGCUCUCUUCUCUGAAUUUUUCUUUAAUAGCAUCCUAUUUUUGGUUCAUGGUUGCAGUAUCAAAUCUUCUUGAAAGUGUCAUGUAUAUAGGUUUAAGUGUGUGCACACACAUUCAUAUCUAUAUUCUUCCUGCAUAUUUUGUGACCUCAAAGGUUUAUUUGUUUUCACUGUAUAUUUCCUUUGGUCUUUGUCUUUCAUGUUAUAGACUUUCCUCAGUUGGUGAUCUUGGCAGUCUACUCAUACUUAAGAGUGAAACACUAAAAAGGCUGAGAUUAUAAACUGGGGGAAAGGGCUCUUCAAGUGCCACACCAUGAGGUAGCUGAGCUACCAAGUCUCUAAUGGUCUGUUAUGGACUGUUUUUGGCCUGCCAAGGAAUACUUGUCUCUCCUCCUGAUUUAAGGGCAAAAACUUGGCUGCCAGAGUCUGCUCUUAUCUCCCCUUUGAGCCCCAUUCUUCUGUAACCCAUUUCUGUAUUUGUCAAGACUGUCCCAAGUUAUCUUUUUAAAUAUUGUUUUUCUGCUGUCCCCAAUUUUGCCUUUCUUCUCUUUAAAACCUCAAAAUGCAAGACCUGCAGAAGUUUUCCUUUAAUUCCUCAGCAAACCACCGACUAUGACAUGCUUCUUUUCCAGAAUUUUUUUUAUCUGUAAUUUAUAUGCAUUUGUGUUCUCUACAUGUAUAUUUGUCACAUGCACUGAAAACCUCGUCUUGUAUGGUGCUGUGUACCCCAUGGGUGCUAAAUAAAGACUUGCGACUUGCAACUGGAAUUAGUCUGUUAAUUCCGCCUACGUUUAUGACAUAACUAUUUAGGCCAGACUUGGUGUUACACAAUUUUUAAAGAAACAGAAGAGCAGUCACUUCAGCUGAUCUCGGGUUUUGGUCAUCUUUCCUCCCAAUCUGAAGAGGAAAAGUCAGGGCAGGGUGGGGAACGCCUGCAAGUUUAAAAACAAAACAAAGCAAGUUCAGAUUCAGACCAGAUCUGGAUAAGAUGCGAGCUCCUAUUUGAAUGAGAACUACGUCUGCAAACUCUACGCGUCUCUUGCUCAGAACUUCCCCCUAUGCAGGGGAAAUGGAUCAUCACAGCUUUUACGAAAACGAAACUCUGCAACUGCCUGUGAACUUCCGGAAGUGCAGGCAAGGAGCACAGCCGUUGGACAGCCACGGAGGGUGCAGCCAUGGAGCAAGCGUUGUCUUCCUUGGCCAAGGACGCGCCGGACCAGCUCCCCCACCCCACUGGUG